AUGUGUGACCGAGGAUCAUCAUCGCCGCAUCAGCGGAGGGAAGACACUUUCCCAUUGCGAACGACACUCCCCAGCAGAGAACCAUCGAAAGAAGAUAUCGAGCUUGCCCAGCGCUUAAUAGGCCAUUCACAAGCAGCGAGAAACAACGAACAGACCGCCAAGGACAGCCCUUCCCCAACCCACGAGCUUCAAAGCCCAGGAUCAAAAAGUCCGUCAUCCGACAGAAUGCAUCAAUUCACACCAAGAUCACUUUCCGUGGAGCGAAGCCAACGAGAAACAUCCCAAACCUACUCAUCAGCUACUUCACCGCCACCACCACAUACUGUUCCAAGCGGCCAAAUUUGCAGCAACUGUGGGACAACCAGAACGCCAUUGUGGAGAAGAUCACCUCAAGGAGCUACAAUUUGUAACGCAUGUGGACUCUACCUGAAGGCGAGAAAUGCUUCCAGACCCACAAACUUGAAGCGUCCACCUUCCAUUAUCACUCCCUCAUCAGGACAACGAUCUCCAGAGCAGAGAAACUCUCCAGCAAGGACGGGCGGAUCUUCAACCGGUGCUACCUUUGUAGCUGCGGAUCAUACGCCAGUUGGGUCGUGCCCAGGAGGUGGAAGAUGCAAUGGUACAGGUGGAGCUGAAGGUUGCAGCGGAUGUCCAGCAUUCAACAACAGAGUCUCCAAGAGCGCGCAUUUCACCGUCUCCCAGGACAGACAACAAACAUCGCAACCCCAAAACGACCAACCCACAGAUGCACCUUCACCGAUCGACGUUGCUUCUCUGAGCAUCCAAACGCAAAACACCACAGUCGUCGUGGCUUGUCAAAAUUGUGGAACUACCAUUACUCCAUUGUGGAGAAGAGACGAGAGUGGUCACACGAUUUGCAACGCCUGUGGCUUGUACUACAAGCUCCACGGCGUGCACCGCCCCGUCGCGAUGAAGAAAUCCGUCAUCAAACGACGAAAGCGAGUCGUCCCGGCAGUUCAAGGCACGCAGGCAUCCGGCAUUGACAUCGCAAACAAUUCCAUGGGCUCUCCCGAGUCGGAUCAACACAGCCCCCCAGCCGAACCCCAGUCCCAGCGCGGAUCCAUAAACCCAGACGGCUCUGUAAAUCUGGGGUUCCGAAUCCGAAACGAAGCCGGCCGUGCUCUCCUCCCUGAUCCGGUCUCCUCCAGUCGCGCUGCAAACCAUAAAGCACCCCCUAGCAGCGACCUCACAGCCUACGCCUCCACAAUCACGCAGCAAGCGCACGAACAUCACGAGUCCUUGAGCAACGACAACCGUCUUCCACCAAUGGCCUCCUACCCCUCACCAACACAGCGCCAUUCCUCCGUGUCGCCCAACUCCUUCCUCUCGCCCUCAAGAAAACGCUCUUUCUCAGCCGCUGAAAUUGAACCCCUGCAGCCCUCCUUCCCCGAAUCCACACACCCCAAGCGUCUCUCGUCCAUAAAAUCCAUCCUCAACCCAGGCACCUUCUCAGAUCCCGAGACCGAUAGAGAUAGGCAGAGUCCAGGACGGUAUCCAUGUGUCGGAAGUCCAUUCAGCAGCGGCUACGCUACCAGUCCCGCAAACAGCGGCGUCGGCAGCACCCUGAACAGCGCUCGGGAUCCAGCAAGCGAGAGCGAGCGAGCUAAACUUGAAAGGCGCGAGAUGCUGCAAAGGGAAGCAGAGAAGAUGCGCGAAGCGCUCAAGGCAAAGGAGCGUGAGUUGGCGGAGUUGGGGAUGAUGGAGUAA